CCUGAGAUCUUAUCUCAGUGAUUUAUUAGUGGCACUUAUCGCAGAAAGUGGGUAAUCCUCAUGGCCUGAGGGGUUCGAGGGACGAUUUCUUGUGUGUACCCAGUGUCACUAGGCGACCGCAACUGACCGCCGCCGGCUGACCAGAUGACCAACUUAUUAGGCAGUCUAUUCGUGUGACGGCACCUACCACUUGAACCGCGGGGGCGAGUUUUGGGGGUGAGUGCCAAAUAUGAGGAAGAUAUCUUCAAUUCUCCUAGAAGCUUCGAGUGAAAUUUAGAGAAAAAUGUUGAAUUUGUUAGAAUGGUUGCAUGUCAAAGGCUUCUUUUGCCGCCUCUCAGAGUGUGCGAUGCGCUCGCUGCUGUUGGUUUGCUGCAGUCCUCUUCCUUUUCUGGUUGCUGCCGUGCCGCGGUUCGAUCCUUCGGCGCUUCUGAACAAUGUCCUCGUCCCUGCAGAUGCUUCCGUUGGAUCCGUCAUUUACAGACUAAGAGCUUCGGACCCAACCUAUGACUACCCUUUAACUUUCACCAUAAAGGGUGACUACACGGCAGUUUCUGUGGAAUCUCUUAAUUGCACUCGCUUCAAUUCCGUGUGCCAGGCUAAUGUGAUAGUUCGGAAAAAACUGGAACCGUCCAGAUAUUAUGACUUUACUGUGAAUGUGGAAAGUGUCAAUGGUGCUAGUGCUAGUAUAAACUGCUCAUUUCGGGCUACGAACGCUACCACCCCCUGGGGAGAAAUUUUUCCUGGUGCUCCAACUCUUUUUACGGUUUCGGAGAAAGCCAGAAGAAAUACUGACCUAGGCUCUGUGAUAGCAAGAGGAAAUCCAGUUCUUCCAGAUCCAGUGUAUUUGGAGCUGUGGGGUUCACCCCAAUUUGCCCUCCAUCAACGCUUGAUAAAUUUGAGAGAUGCAGAAGGCACAAUUGUACUUCUGAGUCAACUUGAUUAUGAAGUUAAGACCGUCCAUCACUUGACUGUGCUCUCGAAUAAUCCAUUUACCGACGUUAGAACAGAUACCAGAAAUAUAGCAGGAUGGCCCCUGCUGGUGGUAGUGCUAGACGAACAAGAUACGCCCCCUGUAUUCACCCUGGCACCGCCGACUACUGUUUUGAACCCUUCUUUGACACCGGGUGAUCUUAUACUACAGGUCAAAGCUGAAGACGGCGAUAGAGGAAAGCCAAGAGAUAUUCGAUAUGGCCUGGUAUCGGAUGGAAGUCCUUUUUACAAUUUUUUCGAGAUAGAUGAACAAACAGGUGAGCUCCGUUUGGCCCGACCCCUAUCAGAAAUUAUAGCAGCCAGUCAUAUGAAUCAGCCCAUACUGUUAACUGUUGUUGCGGAGGAAGUGAGAGGAGAUGCGGAGGAGCCUCCAGCACAAUCCACCACUGUCCGGUUGGCCUUGAUACCACCAGGAGUGACUGCUGGUUCGCCAACCUUUGGCUCUUCAGAGUACAACGCCUUCUUGGACGAAAAUGCACCAUCUGGUACGUUUUUGAAGCUUCCUCAAGCGAACAUACGGACCCAACCUGGAGAUGUUGUCACUUUGGAACUGAUCAACAACAACGGAACAUUCGACAUCACGCCGAGUGUAGUUGAGGGACAGUCUGAAUUUCAAAUAAGUGUUCAUGAUCCAAAACUGCUAGACUACGAAGAAAGAAAGUCAGUAAUUUGUGAAAUAGUCGCAAAGGAAAUCGGCACUGGAAAUUUCACGGCCAAAGCAAAACUGACAGUUCUACUGAACGACGUGAAUGACAACGCUCCAGAAUUUCUUCAGGAAGUAUUCAUUGGAUCUGUGCCGGAGAACGCAGUAGCUGGUACCACAAUUCUGCUAGUUGAGGCUGCAGACAUCGACUCGGAACCCGGAAACAAAAUACGCUACACUUCCCUGACUGGUCCAGGAUCCCACCUUUUCAAAUUAGAACCAGAAACCGGAGUUAUCACCCUCGCAGCAUCCGAUUCUCUGGACGCUGAAACCACCGCAGCCUUCGAAUUGACGGUAGGAGCUACCGACGAAGACGGCAACGGAAAGAGCUCCUUUGCUAAAAUUAUAGUUAACCUCAUUGACAUCAACGACGAGAGCCCUGUGUUCGAAAAAGAUAUUUACGAAUUCAUUGUGAAUCCCGACAAAACAGGGUUCACAUCCGAUGCUGUAAUAAAAGCUAUAGAUAAAGAUAUCACUUCGCCGAACAAUGAGGUUAGAUAUGAAAUUGUCAAUCCCAUAGAUGGUCUGGUGUUGAAUGAUGUCCUUGGAGAAUUUGGGCUCACUAAAACUUGGAGACCAACGGAAAUGGUGACUCUGAAAGCAAGAGCGUGGGACGGCGGUAUCCCAAGACUGUCGGGCCUCUGCGAAGUAAGAAUUUAUCCACCAGAAACUAAUUCGAGAAUGAUGACAUUCAUAGUUCCCGGAAGAGAUCCAGACACUGAAGUUAUUGCAGAUAUCUUGAGGACCAUCACUGGUGCCAAGGUCACCAUUAAUGACGUAAGGCCAUACAGAGGUUAUGAGCCUGAUGCCACAGAUAUCAGCAAAGAUACAGAUACGGAAAGGAGUGUGGUUGUGACCACUGUGAACUAUUCAAAAGGAAGUAUUAUCGACGUCAAGAAGAUUCAAGAUAUCCUUGAUCAAGAGUAUAGAGUGAGACGUGGCGAGAUGGAAGUGAAAGAGGCUGGAGGUGGCAGUAUGCUGUGGCUCCUCCUUCUCCUCCUGUUUCUACUUAUUCUGUUGGCCCUCAUUUUGCUUUGUUGUUGUCUCUGGGACAAAUGCCCAUGUUACGCAUCCUUGAAUAGGCGUCGAAAGGUUCGAUCAGCGGAAGCAAUCAAAAUCAUAACGACCAGCCCAGGUCAAGGACAUGAAAGCAAAUCUGUGCAGGUAGCAGAAUGGUUUGGUAGAAGGGAGGCAUGGACACCGGAACCGGCCACCCUGGAAGUGGAAUCCCUCAAGCGGCAUGAGAUGGAAAGGGGUUCAGAUAGAAGCAGAGUUCAGUUCCAGAAAACACAACAGGCUAAUGAAUACUAUGUGCGAGAAGGAAAUGCAGAUAUUUUACGCCUCUACACCUCAAGAGAAAACGCCCCUCACCACCGUUCAGUGGCUUUGGCACCAGAGAAUACCUACCUACCAGACAGCGGAAAAGACAUCCUUAUGCGUAGGUUCAUGGAUCAACAACAGCAUGAUAAUCAGAAGCAAGAAAUGUUGCUACCGAACGCGGCAGUAAUUAGACUACAAUCAGAACAUGAAGCACUCGAGGCUUCGUUGAGGGAACAGAACGCCAUGCUCAAGCAGAUACUGCAAGAAAGAGAACGGGAGCUCAAACUGGAAACACAAUCCUUGCCAGCAGGAACGCAAACUGACCAAGAUGCUGGAACUCAGACCGAUCCUCACUUAUUCCUUCCACCAAGAAGGGAGGUACAAUCUAACGACGAACAGAGCGAUGGAAGUGAUGAGGAUCUGGUGAUUAUUCGGGAAAAAGCCAAAAGGCGAAAUGGUUACAGAACUACCAGAAUCCGAACGAAACGGAGAAUAAGAACACCAAUACAAGAAGAAUCCGAAGUAGAUUUCUUGGACGAUCCAGAUGACCUAGAAGAACAUUAUGUAGCGAAAAAUUCCAGGGUGAGAUCGACUAAAGCAAAGGAGAUGGGACAAGAACGUCACCGAGACGGCAGAACCCAAUCAGGGAUAAGAAGAGACGUGCUGAAGGAAAUAUCUGAUUCGCUACGCCACGAAAGAGAGAUGUACGCGAAUGACAUACGAGAUCAAAUUCUUUUAGAUAUCACGAGUACAUUGCAACGUCGCAACAGGUCAAGCAGUGAAACAAGAAAUUCCACAUCUGGAUUCCGAAGAGAUAUACUGCAGGAUAUCUCGAACGCAAUAGGAAGACGAGGGAGAACAACAAGCGAAACCCAGUUGAACAGAAAUGAUCCUCAAGAAUAUCUCAUACGAGAAAUAGCAGAUUCCAUUUUGGAUCAACAUCAGCUGGAAAAACAAGAAACAUUGUCUAGUGGAUCACCUGUUAGAUCCAAAACUAAACAAGAAAUCAUGGAAGAAAUUGUCGAUUCAUUAAACCGAUCAAACAUCGAUACGAGAAGAAAAGCUUCCUCCGAAAAACCAAGCAGGGCAACUAGUGAAUCUAGGAUAUCUAAAUCAGGGCUACGUCGCGAAAUAUUAGAAGAGAUAGCAUCAUCCAUGGCAAAAAGUAAAAACAUCACAAGCGCUUCUAGGGUCUCCAAAAAGAAGGGCAGAACUAGAAGCGAAUCUCGAUCGACAAGAUCUGGACUAAAGCGAGAAGUUCUGCAAGAAAUCGUAUCCUCAUUCAACGAAUCUCCAAAGAAUGAUAAAGCAAAAGAAGAACAACUUGUUCAGCAAAUGUCACGCAAUUUGAAAGCCAGAUCUGCGAAAAACGUUUCUGAAGAUGAAUUGAAGCGAGAAAUAUUACAAGGUUUAUCUGCCGUUGUCGAUCGAAAUGACAUUAGUCCAAGCGACGAAGAAUACACUGAUGACAGUCUGGACAAUGUUAGUCCAAAUUCUGAAUCUCUCAGCAAAGAAAAAUACCAUUCCGAAAUAGAUUUGAGAGAUUCUCAAGACAAACCGAAGAACCAACUUAGCAAGUCUAGGAGCCAAACGGAUUUGAACCGAAUUAAUAAGAAAACCAAAGUAGAAUCAAAACAACAAACGGAAGUGAAAGCAGGUAAGGAAGAAGUUAAAAAUACGAAACAGCCCAAAAGGCAAUCCAGAUAUAUGGAAUGGUAUAGCAAGAACAAUAAACCGAAGGAAAAAACGAAAAAGAAAAUGACGGAACAAAUAGAGAGCGAUCCUUCAACUGAGCAAAUUAGCAAAGAGUUAGAGAAACAAAAAGUCGAGGCAAAAAUUUCCCAGAGACUGCUGAAAGAUACAGAAUCUAGCGCUCGUAAGAAGCAGAUGAAGAAGAAAGCACCACUAGGUCCCGAACAUCCUCUUCUGCAACACUCGGAACAUAGAUUCGAAGUUCAAUACCCAAGGAGAGCUGAAGAUGAUGCGGAUUCUGGUAUUGCCAUGACGCGUCCUGCUAUUGCUCAGAAGAAAAGUGUUUUCACCAUAGCAUACAAUGACAUGCACACCAGUCAGAUACACGACAAUCCCACAGCUACUCCGCCAUGAGUGGUGGAAUUGGACAAAGUUUAUCUGAAAGAGAAUAGGGUACCAAAUCAGAGAUUUGUAAUAUAUUAGCUUUAAGACUGAAAGUUUGAUUAUCUUGUAAAUACCUACUGUUAUUUAUAUUCACUCACUUUUAUUUGUAAGUUUUCAAAAGAGUUUCAGAAAAAAUUAUCAAUUGGU